ACAUCCGGGGGAGGCUGAACUGAGCUGAACAAUUCCAAAAACGUGCUUUAAAAAGUGACAUCAGCGGCUCAAGAGAGUGGACACAGGAGGACACAGGAGGACACAGGAGGACACAGGAAGACACAGGAAGACACAGGAAGACACAGGAAGACACAGGAGGACACAGGAAGACUGCUGCAGGACCAGGACACUUUUUUUUACUCUACAAACUUACUCUGAGGUGUCAUGGCGGAGAAGGUGCUGGUCGUGGGAGGCGGAGGUCGGGAGCACGCUCUGGCCUGGAAGCUGGCCCAGUCGCCGCAGGUACAACAAGUGCUGGUCGCCCCCGGUAACGCAGGCACGGCAAACUGCGGCAAGAUCUGCAACUCCGAGGUUUCCAUUAGCAACCACAGCAUCCUGGCCCAGUUCUGUAAAGACCAUCACGUGGGGCUGGUGGUGGUGGGUCCGGAGGUGCCCCUUGCAGCAGGCAUCGUGGACGACCUGACUGCCGCGGGAGUCCCCUGUUUCGGCCCCUCCGCUAAGGCCGCGCAGCUGGAGGCGAGCAAGAGCUACUCCAAAGCCUUCAUGGAGCGCCACGGCAUCCCCACGGCUCGCUACGGCUCAUUUACGGACGCGGACGAGGCCUGCAAAUACAUACGGACGGCGUCUUUCCCGGCGCUGGUGGUGAAGGCGAGCGGGCUGGCGGCUGGCAAAGGGGUGAUCGUGGCGAAGGACCAGGAGGAGGCUUGUCAGGCGGUUUUAGACAUCAUGAAGGAUGGGGCGUUUGGAUCUGCAGGGGAGACCGUCGUUGUCGAGGAGCUACUGGAAGGCGAGGAAGUGUCUUGUCUUUGCUUCACUGACGGAAUAUCAGUCUCUCCCAUGCCCCCGGCCCAAGAUCACAAGCGACUCCAGGACGGCGACUUGGGGCCGAACACGGGUGGGAUGGGCGCCUACUGCCCCACCCCUCAGGUGAGUCAAGAGCUGCUACGAGACAUCAGAGACAGCGUGCUACAGAAGACCGUGGACGGGAUGAGGGAGGAGGGAGCGCCCUACGUGGGCGUCCUGUAUGCCGGUCUGAUGCUGACCAAGGAAGGACCCAAAGUUUUAGAAUUCAACUGUCGUUUUGGAGACCCCGAGUGUCAGGUGCUGAUGCCUCUGCUGAAGUCAGACCUGUAUGAAGUCAUCAUGAACACCAUCAGCGGUAAACUGGCCUCCAACGCCCCCGUGUGGCACCAGGAGAGCUCUGCAGUCACUGUGGUCAUGGCCAGUGCAGGAUACCCAGGCUCCUACAAGAAAGGAGUUGAAAUCACUGGUCUCUCCCAAGUUCAAGACAUGGGCCUCCAGGUUUUCCACGCCGGCACUGCUCUCAAAGACGGGGCCGUAGUCUCCAGCGGUGGGCGUGUCCUAACAGUCACAGCCGUCCAAUCGUCUCUGGAGGCGGCUUUGGGGGCUGCGAAUAAGGGCGUGGCGGCGGUUGGGUUUACCGGUGCCGUGUACAGACAUGACAUUGGGCACAGGGCCAUCGCCUACUUGAACCAGCACAGAGGCCUGACCUAUAAAGACAGCGGCGUGGACAUAGCGGCCGGCAACAAACUGGUGGAUUUGAUCAAGCCGAUGGCGAAAGCGACCGCCCGCUCUGGGUGUAACGCGGAGCUGGGAGGUUUCGCGGGGCUGUUUGACCUGAAGGCGGCGGGGUUUGUUGAUCCCAUCCUGGUCUCUGGCACUGAUGGAGUGGGCACCAAACUCAAGAUCGCUCAGGCCUGUAACCAGCACGAGGGUCUGGGGCAGGACCUGGUGGCCAUGUGUGUGAACGACGUCCUGGCUCAGGGGGCGGAGCCUUUGUUUUUCUUGGAUUACUUCUCCUGUGGAAGUUUGGACGUGGACGUAGCCGCUAAAGUGGUCGGAGGCAUCGCUAAAGCUUGUGAGAUGGCCGGGUGUGCUCUGCUCGGUGGUGAAACAGCUGAAAUGCCCGGCGUGUAUCCCGUUGGUGAAUACGACCUGGCUGGUUUCUGUGUGGGAGCCGUGGAGAGGGGGGCGCUGCUGCCCAGACUUGGGGACAUCGCUGACGGUGAUCUACUGAUCGGGAUAGCCUCAUCUGGCGUCCAUAGCAACGGCUUCAGCUUGGUGCGUAAAGUCCUGGAGCGCGCGAACCUCACCUACAGCUCGCCCGCUCCUUUUGGCAAACCAGGACAGACGGUUGGUGAAGUUCUUCUGACGCCCACAAAGAUCUACAGUCGCCUGCUUCUGCCGAUCCUGAAAAGCGGAGCUGUAAAAGCCUACGCCCACAUCACAGGGGGAGGACUUUUGGAGAAUAUCCCUCGGGUGCUGCCCCCAGAGCUGGCGGUCGAUCUCGACGCGUCCCAUUGGAGCAUCCCGCCUGUGUUCUCCUGGCUGCACAGAGAGGGGGGGCUAAGCGAAGAGGAAAUGUCCCGUACGUUUAACUGUGGGCUCGGGGCUGUUCUGGUGGUCGCCCCCCUGGAUGCUCAGAGAGUCCUACGGCAGCUGCAGGCCUACGAAGAGGCCUGGAUAGUGGGGUCUCUGGACAAGAAGCAGCUGGGUGCUGAGAACGUGGUUGUUCGUAAUCUGAAGCAAAGCCUGCUGAAGUCAGAAGGGGGCGCUACUGCAGAUGUCAAACUGGACAAAAACGGCCACGGUGACAGCAGCGCGCCUCGCAUAAAGAAAAGAGUGGGAGUCCUCAUCUCUGGCACAGGCACAAACCUGCAGGCGCUGAUAGAACAGGCCAGACGCCCGUCCAGCUCUGCAGAGAUCGUCGUGGUCAUUUCAAACAGACCCGGAGUACAAGGCCUCAAGAGGGCAGCACUGGCCGGCAUCCAGACACGGGUAGUGGACCACAAGCUGUACGGGAGCAGAGCAGAGUUUGAUGGGACCAUUGACCGUGUGUUGGAGGAGUUCGGAGUGGAGUUGGUCUGUCUGGCCGGUUUCAUGAGGAUCCUCACUGGGAACUUUGUCAAAAAAUGGAACGGUAAACUACUGAACAUCCACCCCUCUCUACUCCCAUCGUUUAAGGGAGUAAAUGCCCAGAAACAGGCCCUGCAGGCUGGGGUGCGGGUUAGUGGAUGCUCUGUCCACUUUGUAGCAGAGGAGGUGGACGCAGGUGCCAUCAUUGUCCAGGAGGCGGUGCCGGUGCUCAGUGGCGACACGGAGGAGAGUUUGUGCGACAGGAUCAGAGAGGCGGAACAUCGCGCGUUCCCGGCGGCGAUGGAGCUCGUGGCCAGCGGCACCGUGCGGCUCAGAGAAGACGGACACAUCACCUGGAAUACAUGAAUACAAAUGCGUUACAAGUACUGCCUGUUAGCUGUAGACUAUUGCACAAAUGUCUUUGAUCAAGAUCUGCUGUAGAGCCAAGCUGGGAUUGAAAUGUUACACUAAAUACAUUCCGUUUUUGUCAUGAAUUUACAAAGGGCUGCAUGAAAAAUAAAAUGUAAAAAAUUAAAUAAAACUGCCAUGUUUGACCAC